GAGACAAUCUACACAAUAAUACAGUACCAUCCAGAAACUAUAACAAGGAUAGAGAGAAUAUCUACACAAUAAUACAGUACCAUCCAGAAACCAUUACAAGGAUAGAGAGAAUAUCUACACAAUAAUACAGUACCAUCCAGAAACUAUAACAAGGCUAGAGAGAAUGUCUAGACUAUCAUACAGUACCAUCUAGAAACCAUUACGAGGAUAGAGAGAAUGUCUAGACUAUCAUACAGUACCAUCUAGAAACCAUUACGAGGAUAGAGAGAAUAUCUAGGGAACAAUACAGUACCAUACAGAAAACAUUACCAGGAUAGAGAGAAUAUCUAUAGAGUAACCAUCCAGAACUCAUUCCAAAAAUUAAUUAUGUCUCACCAAACGUCUGAAUCCUUGCAUUUUUAUGAAUAUUUGUGUCAGAAAAUUGGAUCAGAGAAAGAAGUAACAGCAAGACGACUGACAUUUUUAUGUAGUGAUUUACAGUGAUUACAAAUCAGUUAAAGAAUGGGAUUAGCAGCAUCCCGCCAAGAAGCAUUCUGGGAAGCAUGUGGGUUUGGACAUAUUCUGCGAGUUAAGAAAUUUUUGGAAGCUGGAGACAUUGAUGUGAAUUGGGUAUCUUAUACACAUGACUGUUGCCCUAUACAUGUAGCUUCUCAGGGUAAAACAGAAAUAGUACGACUUCUGAUAGAGGCUAAAUGUAAUGUUAAUGUACAGGAUAUUAGAGGAAAUACACCACUCCAUCAUGCAGCUAUGAAGGGUCAUGGGGAUAUUAUAAAGAUAUUGGUGGAGGCUGGAGCUGAGGUCAAUGUACAAGAUAAGAAUGAUUGGACAGCAUUACACUGUGCUUGUUAUUGGAAUCAUAGUAAGGCUGUUAGAGUUCUACUGAAUCUUGGUGCAGAUAUUUCCUUACAGAAUAAAGAUAAAAGAACAGCCCUUCUUGAAACAGCAAGGUCACAGGAAAAGGAUGACGAGUCAUUAGGGGAGAUAACUCACAUGCUAAUCUCAGCAGGAAGUGAUCUAAAUUGUAAAGGUUGUAGCGAUCUUGGAGAUUUAGAGGCAGAUUUUACAGGAUUAAUGUAUGCAGCUUACCAUAACCAUCCUGAUGUUGCUAGUGCACUCAUUGAAGGAGGCUGUGAGAUUAAUGCAUAUGGAUCUAAUUUAUGGACCGCCCUCCACUGGGCAGCAGACCGGGGUCACAAAGAAAUGGUGUAUCUUCUACUAGGGUCAGGGGCUGACCCUACAAAAAGAGGACAGAGAAAUGAAUUAGCAGCUGAUAGAGCAGAAAGUCCUGAACUGAAGGAGAUGUUACAUAAUGCUGUUAAUAUGUUUAAUGAAUUAGCUACAUUGAACUCUGGUCCUAAAGCAAAAAGUACUAGUGAACAAAAGCCAAAAAUAGAGACAGAAUCAAAUUAUCCCGAAGAAUCACCUGUAAAUAAAACCAUUUUAAGCUCAGAAACUCUGAAGCAAAGUGACUCAGAUGUAAUGGACAAUGAAGAUAGCAUACAGAGUCAAGAUCAUGAAAGUGAUAUCUGUGAUCAAGUAACGAAUCGAAAAAUAGACUCUCAAGAAACUACUUCAAGUGAAACAGAAAGUUCACAGUCCCUUGAAACAAACACUAUGUUGACUGAGGAAUCAAGUAACCAUGAUUUUGCUCAAAAGACAGAAGAAAGUGAUCUUAAGGAAAAAGAUAUUUCAGAGGACAAAACAGGACAAACAGAAGUAUUAUCUGCAUAAUAAACUGCAAGCGAUAAAAAUGUAUUAAAUGGUUGUAGAAUUUAUGUGAUAGACUGUCUUCUAAAUAAUUCCUGUAAAUUCAGAAAUUAUUGUAUGUAUUUAUUAUUGCGGUUUUUAAAGAAUGGACAAAAUUCAAUAUUAAUUAUUGCGAUUUCAGGAAAAUCUGCAUACAGAUAUAUGUAUCAGAUAUCAGAAUAGGAGUUAUUAAUAAUGCGAUACUCACCUAGUCUCAUUAUUCAAAUUAAUAAAAAUCUCGUAAUAAUUUUUGAAUUUACAGUAUCUUUAUUGAAUCAGAAGGAAAAAUUUCACUAAAAACAUUUAUGCUGUGUUCCUCUCUAGAUCUGCUUUUCUUAAUUUUCACUUCAUUUUCUAAACACUCAUGCACAUGCAGCUAUUUUUCAUUUUAAGUCCAGUCCUUCACCCAAAUGUGACUGGUCAGUAGAAUGGUAACUCAUAAGAUGCAAUGUUAUGUUUGUAUGUGAAACAUUUAAACAAUAAUGUAGUUGAGCAACUUGUUUCUUGAUGUUAAUUUUUACAGUUGAAUUUUACAUUUUUCUUGCUAUAGAAUACUUAUAACUUCUAUAACACAAAGUGCGUCUAUUUUAGCUACCUGUGCCUUUUGAUAUAACAUUCAUGUUAUGAUGAUAUUUAUUUAUCUGUAUCUAAUUAUACUUGCCAUAUUUAUAUGCUUCCUUGACAUCAUAAAAUGUUUUUUAAGGAUGUAAUCAUUAGAAUAAACACAAUUCAUGCACAAUAAGCAGUGCCAUUGUCAGUGCCCCCCCCCCCCCCCCCCCCUCCCCCUUCCACACACACACUUUAACUCCCUAUCCCUUUCAAAGAUAGACUGCGUUCUAAAUAAUUAAUUGCAGAAAGAAUAGUUUCUUAGUAGUAUAAUUUUAUAAAUUUCAAGAAGUAAUUAUUUACGCCCUUUAUCCCUCUACCCCUCUUCCAUGCAACAAAUAUUUGAGUACUAUAUUGUUUUGUUAGUGUAAUUCAAGUAGCUUUAUUUCCAAUCCUGUUAUUAAAUGUGGACUCUUAA